AUGUCCCUCGGCAGCAUCUGCUUGACGCCCAUCGCGCCUUGGGUCGCCGAUAAGUACGGCAGGCGCAUGGGUAUUACUGUCGGUAAACUCAUCAUGAUUAUUGGUGCGAUUCUGCAGUGCGAGAGUCACAACUUUGGCAUGUUUUUCGGCAGUAGAUUCGUGCUCGGAUUUGACCGCGUCACGGUGACGGCCAUCUGCAAUACUUGCGGGUUCGUUAGCAGCAUCGCCGCGGCUUGGAUCACCUACGGCACCCGCAACAUUCAAAGCACUUGCGAGGAGGCCGCGAAGGCUCUCAAGCAAUACCAUGGCGAAGGCGGCGAGACGAAGCUCGUGCGACUGGAGUUUGAAGAGAUCCGUGCUGCGAUCGACCACGAGAAGCGCUCGGGAACAACGACGUGGCCCUCGAUGUGGUCGGGCAACGGUCUUGUGGCGUACUACCUGUCGCGCGUCAUGGACACCGUCGGCAUCACCGACAAGAACACCCAGGCUCUCGUCAACGGCCUCAUCAACAUUUGGAACUUUGGCCUGGCCCUGACGGCGAGGCGGCUGAUAUGCGCAUGGACGAGGGUAAAGGUUGGAGGGUCUUGUGGAUGUUGA